AUGGCCUUGACAGAACAUGACGGCAUCUCUAUAGCAGAGAUUUGCGUCUACUCGCCAGCUCUGAUCAUUGCAAUAUUCCUCUGCAUUCGCCAUGGCUUCGGUCGCAGCUCAGGAUGGUUCUAUUUGAUCAUGUUCUCGCUUGCACGUCUCAUCGGUUCCGCUAUGCAGCUAGCGACUAUAUCUCAGCCUACGAACAUAAGUCUAUACAUUGGCGCUGCGGUGUUGGCCAAUGUUGGCUUAUCGCCUCUGAUCCUCAUCCAACUGGGACUUCUCAGCCGCGCCUUGACGAGCAUUCGCAAGUCCGUCCAGACAUUCGUCAACGAGAAAAUGCUCCGCAUCGUCCAGCUACUCAUCUUGGUCAGUCUGAUUCUGACCACAGUGGGUGGUAGCCAAGCAGGAUCCGACUACGCCAAUACCGGUGUUUACGCUGUACCUGACCUCUCUAGAGCGGGUAUGGGGCUUCUGAUCGCCGGCUUCGUCUUGACUGUCAUGGCGGCAGGCCAAGUUGCAAUGCAGAUCUCGCACGCCGAGCUUGGCGAAAAGCGGCUCAGUCUUGCAGUGGCACUGGCGCUACCAUUCAUCCUUGUCCGCAUGGUCUAUGCUGCUGAGUCAGCCUUUUCGAGCAACGCCAAGUUCAACCAGCUCACGGGUGACAUCAAUGUCCAGCUCGGCAUGUCAGUCAUUAUGGAAAUGAUUGCCGUCGCUAUCAUUGAAGGCUUCGGCUUGUCUUUGAAGAAGAUGACCCCAAAGGACCAGAGCGGAGCUGCCACCCAGAAGCGUCUUGUUAACGAUCAGUAUGAGAUGGUGCCUCAUGCGGAGAACGGACACAACAGUAGCCGCUAA